UUCCUCCCACUCCUCACACCCACCAUGACGGCAUCCACGCUCCCCCCCUCAUCGCCCUCAUCCCCGAUAACGCGCAUCGCGACAUUCCGCUUCCGCGACACGGUGACGGCCGCGCAAAAGGGCGACCGCACAGCCGCCUUUCUGGCGCUCUAUGCGGCGAAUAGGGAGUUACUGCUGCAGGAGCCGACGGGUGGACGCCCGUUGAAUACCCCGUUGGAUUUGACCGAUGUGAAGAGGGAGGAUGGCUGGGAUACGGGGUUUGUGGUGGUUUUCAAGGAUGAAGCUGCGAAGAAAACUUUUGAUCUUGAUCCUGGGCAUGAUCGGUUGAAGAACGAGACAGAUCCGUUGCUGGCGCAAGUCUUUGUGUAUGAUUUCGUUGCGCAGCCGAACUUGGGCUGGUGAGAACGCAGCGAACUUGAGGUUUGCCAGGUCAAAAUAGGCCGCGUGCAUGGUCCAGGGAUUUCAUACGGAGAGAACAUGGGCGAUGCUAAUGUACUGGGUCGGCGAAGUGAUAUGGUGUAGCGCGAUUACCUUAGAAAUGUUCUUUCGCUGUGCAUAGAUACAUUGGACACAUACGGUCGAAUGCAGCAAUAUC